UCCUCCAUGCUUGAAUACUUCGCAUGUAAACACAUCACCACGUGACCUUCUCAGACUGAUGCUGAUGCGUAUAAUCCAUUAAGUGGGCCGCGAUCAGCGAGACUGCAACAAUCAUGGCGGGUGGAUCCCGAGACGUCGGAACCUCUGCAAGUGAAAAUGCGCCGGGCUUCACCGGAACAGUGAGACUGAAAGUGUGCGAAGCCGCAGACCUCAAACCGACGGAUAUAACCACCAUGCACGUCAACUUAGCUUGCUGGACGCCUCAUGAGAUACUCAUAGACCCCUACGUUACCAUCAGUAUUGAUGACAUUCUGAUUGGUCGAUCCACCACGGCACAGCGGACAUUCAAACCCGUCUGGAAUGCAUACUUCACGGUCGAGGUUCACAACGCCCAAAACCUGGGAAUAACUGUGUUUCACGCAGCUAUUCCAUCGGAUGACUUUGUCGCCAAUCGCAUCGUAUCGUUCGACGAGCUAUCAAAGUCGGACAAAGAACAUGGCAGCAAUGAGAGCGAUAUUUGGAUCGACUUGGAGCCUGCUGGAAAAGUGCACGUCGUCAUUGAGUUACAACCAGCGGAGAACCUGCAGGAAUUCCCACAAAGUCCGGUCCUCAACAUGCGAAACGCGCGGCUACGUGUGCAUCAGGUCAACGGGCACAAGUUCAUGGCCACUGUUCUCCGCCAGCCUACUUUCUGUUCCCACUGCAGAGAGUUCAUCUGGGGCUUUGGAAAGCAAGGAUAUCAAUGCAAAGUCUGUGCCUGCGCUGUCCAUAAGCGCUGCCACGAAUAUGUCGUGACCAGGUGUCCAAGAAUGAGGGACAACAGUGAGUUUGCUGCAGGCAGUCGCUUCAACAUCAGUGUACCACACUGUUUUGUGGUGCACAGCUACAAACGGCCGACAUUUUGUGACCACUGCGGUUCUUUGCUCUACGGUCUGCUCAGACAAGGCCUACACUGUGACGUAUGCAAUGUGAACAUUCACAAGCGGUGUCAGAAAAAUGUUGCCAACAGCUGUGGCAUCAACCUGAAGCAGAUGGCAGCAAUUCUUGGAGACCUGGGCACCUCCGUAGACAAGCUCACCAAGAGGAAGAAGUAAUGUUGGACUGGAGACUGGAACCGCCUCUCCCUGGACCCUUUCAAUUGCCUUCCCAUUAUGGGUAUUUUAGCCCCCCUGUUAUUUCAUGAUAUUCUGCAAUGUAUUGUUUUCUAUAUCCACUAUUGCCAGGCCCUGGGGCCAGGCAACAGGGAUAAACUAAGUGAAACCCGCGUAUAACGAUAUUGACGGUAAUCGCGAAUUCCAUCGUCAUAUGGGGCACAUCGUUAAACGAGGGCAGACCUAAAUAGCGCGUCCCCUAAAAGUCGCGCGCCACCCCGCUUGUAGCAAAAGAAAAAGAAACAGAUGCUAAAAAAAAAAAAACAAAAAAAGGAAACGCGAAGCUGUGUGACAUCGCAGUGGCUUGGGAAAACAGCGAUCAGAACUCGUGGAGGGAACCAGACAACAUAGUAGGACAACUUCUGGCAACAGUACACGUCACCAUUCCGCAAGUCGGCUUCACCUAACGCCUGCGUGCUUUAGGAGAAGCUCGCUUUAGAACACUGUCGCGCGACUCGCGGGUGGAAAGCACGUGCUAGGCCUUUUGAAUCAUCUCGCGAAUUUGAGCAGCGUUGGCCAAAUACGGAGACAUAAAAGCGUUACCACCUACCUCUUUCGCUGACAGUAUUGGAAAAUGAACAGUCGCUGUCUAUUUUCUUGCCUCAAUUUUUAUUUCGGUUUAAUUCUUUUGAUGUGAAUUUCGGAUGAUACGAAUUUUUUCCGCUACCCCGUGAGAUUCGUAGCAUUGGGACUCUACUGUAUCUAAUCGCGGCGAAAAUCGCCGCGUGGUUACGCGCACGGGACAGCGUCCAACAUCGUUAUACGAGUACUUGGAAUCGCGGUCUCCAUCGCUAUACGUGGGUCGUUUCCCCAUAGAACCAAUGUAUAUUUUGACGGUAAAAUCAUGAACCAUCGUUUUACGAGGGAUAUCGUUAUACGCAAUAUCGCUAUCCGCGGGUUUUACUGUAUAUACUCGCACAACACAUGCAGCAUUAAUCAAAAAUGCCAUAAUAUUCCAUAAACAACAAUCAUCAGGGACCGAGUGCCCUACAACAGACGUUUGGGACCAUAUGUAACUAACAAUGAAGCAUACCUUUUUAUAACAAAGUGUGUCCUGGUCUUAUCCUUGAUACAUUACAUUUAUGUAUAAACAUUAUGGAUAAAUAAAAAGUGUGGUUAUUUGCA